AUGAAAUCUGAUAUUUGGCUGGAAAAUUAAAUUGUAUUUAUAAAUGAAUAAAAGCGAAAAGGAAAUAUUAAAAUUAUGAAUUAAAAUCAGCAACAGAUUCAACAAAACAACAACAUUUAAUACAAAGAAGAUUACUAGAGAUUUUAAGAACUCAUCGAUAAAAGUAGUGUUCAAAGUUUUCUUAAUAAAUUUAAAUUUAUAAAAAAAUUGUAGACUAUAGAUCCUUUGAAACAAUAUGGUGAUUAUUUGAAUAAUAUUGCCUCUAUGAUAUGUUCAUUCACAAAAGAGAAAUAAUUUGUUUUUUAUGCUUUUUGUAUUAGGUUUGCCAAGUUUAAUUUGAGGAAUUACCAGAUAGAUAAAAUUUAACAAAUCACAAAUGUAAUUAACAAAAUUAAUCAUAUUUAUGAGAUAUCUGAAGGAAAAAGUAAAUUAAGAAAGAACACAUAUAUUAAAAUAUAAUCAGAAUAUGAAGAUAAAUAAAUUAAUGACUAUUUCAUAGAAGUUUAAAACUAUAUUCUAUCUUUCCUUUCACAAUUACAGGAAAAAAAGGAAAUAGUAGUGGUUUCAGAAAAAGUAUUUGAAGAAUUCGAAAAGUUUUAGAAAUAAUCGAAGGAAUAUGAAUCUUUAAUAAAAAAAUAUAAAAAACUUGCAAUAAAGAAUGACGAAUAAUCAUUCAAUGUAAUAGAAAAGAUUAAGGAAGAAAUUAUAAAAUAAUUUGGAGGAAUUCAAUAUCAAUUUUAAGAAAAUAAAGAAAAAAGACCAAAGUGUACCUAAAAUAAAAAACUUUUAUGGAUUAGAUGUCUGCUUCAAAUGAUGUCAUAUAAUUGUCCUCAGGAAUUUCAACCUCAUAAUUUUAAUUAAUUUAAUGGAGAUACUGAUUAGUCUUUAUAAUUAUUCAAUAUUAAUGAUUCUGUGUUAAAUUCAUAAGAUGAGAAUCAUAUGGAAAUAGAAUAAGUAAAUUAAUAAAAUCAAAAAGAAUAAUUAACUGAAACUUAGAGAAAAGAGAGCAAAAUAAAUGAUAAAGUUUUUAGAGGUUAUGUAAAAUAGUGAUUACGCAAGAA